AUGUUAAGUUAUAAAAGAAAAUCAGAUAGAAAAUUGGUAUUUACUGAAGAAAUUUUAAAAGAUGCAAAGGAAAGAAUACGCCGUGGGCAAAGUCAAAGAUCAGUUGCAGAGUCGUUGAAUGUCCCAGAAUCGACUCUAAGAAAAAGACUAAAAGCAGGUACUGUUCCUUGCUCUUUAGGUAGAUUUUCAAAUGUAUUUACUCCUGAAUUAGACAGUAACUUGGCAGAGCACUGCCGACGCUUGGAUUCAUAUUUUUAUGGUCUGACAAAGAAGGAGCUAGGAAGAGUCGCUUAUGAUUUAGCAAACAAAAACUGUCUUAAUCAUAGAUUUAAUAAUGAUAAAAAGGAAGCUAGCAAGAAAUGGGUCGAAAAUUUUGCCAGGCGGCAUAACUUCAGUCUCCGUCAACCUGAAAAAACAAGUUUGGCACGUGCUGCAGUAUUCAAUCGCGUACAAGUGCAACGGUUUUAUGAUAAUUUAAAACAAGUACUUACAACCUUCAAAUUUGUUGGCAGACAAAUUUUCAACAUGGAUGAAACUGGCCACCAGACAGUGCCAAACAAGCUACCUAAAGUUUAUGCUAAAAAAGGCAAGAAAAUUGUAGGAAAAUUUGUUUCCGCAGAACGUGGACAAACAGUAACGGCUGUUUGCUGUAUGGGUGCUACUGGAAUAUUCGUACCACCUGCAUAA